UGUCACAAAAUAGAAGUAAAAAUUAUUUCUUCUUCUUGGUCGAAAUUGAAAAGAAGUACGGGAAGUGAAAGUUGACUUUUUCCAAGUUCUAGUGAAUAGAUUUUUGAAAGUUAAAUUAUUAGCUUUGCUUUUUUCCAAAUAGAACAAACGUGAACACGAUUUAUAAUUUUUUUUUUCUAUGUGAAAAUAAAGCAUUCAUUAAAAUGGCUUUUGUACGACGGUCGCGCCGAAUCGAUUUAAUAAUGGGUGUCAUUUUAACUCUGCUUAUUUUGAAUUUGAUUUAUUUCCAAAGAAUUGAACUAAAACUUGAUUCCGCCAAAUAUCUAUCAAAUAUUUCAAUGGGAUCAUCUGACAGGAUUGAAAGCAACGGGUUUUUAUGGCCAUCGUUUUCGACUUCACCUUCAGGAUAUAAACAAAUUUUCUUUAGUCCCGAAACUUUAAAGCAGUCAAUACAGCGAGAAGAGAAAAAUCUCACAGUAAAGAGGAAAAGUGAACAUUUAUCAUCAAUCGAUUAUUCUAUUAUCACAACUCGACCACCAACAUGUACCAUUGAAGCUCCUCUUCUUGAUACUCUCAAGCUUGAUAAAUCACGACAUCAAAAAAAUAGACAGCGUUUAUUGAAGAAGGAAUUUGAAGAGGUUGAUGAUUUUGACAACGAAGCGAUUUCGCUUCAAACAACACCUGAACCGACAGUCAAACCACAUCCACUUAAAAAACCAAGAAUUGAAGAAAUUAAUUUAGAAACUAAACACCAUAAUGAAAAAAUAAUCCAAACUGCUCCCGAAAUUCUUUUGUGCUCUGAAAUACCGCCAAAUUUGAUUGGUAAAAUUGAGCUUGAUACAAAUGAAGAGUCAAUAGAUGACGUUCAGAAGAAGUUGAGCGAAAUUCUAUACCCAGGUGGCUAUUACGGACCAGCAAAAUGCCAGGCACGAUAUCGUGUUGCAAUUAUCGUUCCAUAUCGUAAUCAACCCAAGAAUCUAGCCAUUUUUCUCAAAAAUAUUCAUCCAUUCCUAAUGAAACAACAAUUGGAGUAUGGAGUUUUUGUCGUGGAACAAACUGUUGGCUCUAAAUUUAAUCGAGGAAUGCUUUUGAAUGUCGGAUAUCUGGAAGCAGAGAAAAUUAAAAAAUGGGAUUGUUUUAUAUUUCACAAUGUCGAUUUAUUACCGGUGGACGAUAGAAUUUUAUACACUUGCUCAAAAAACCCACGUCAUCUGGCAGUUUCUGUUGAUAUAUUGCCAUCACACAACACUCUAAGCGGUGCACUUGCAAUAACAUCUGAACAAUUCGAGAGAAUAAAUGGAUAUUCAAAUCUAUUCUGGGGUUGGGGCUAUGAAGAUUUAGAUCUUGCCAACCGCUUAAAAAAUGCCAGUUAUAAAGUUGAUCGAUGUCACGAGAAAAUAGCGCGAUACACAAUGUUAGGCAGAGAUCCGGUAGAACCAAAUGUUAAGCGGCUUGAUCUCCUAAGGGAAGGUCCUACAAAAUUCAAAACAAUUGGAUUGAAUUCAAUAAAAUAUACAGUUCAGUGCAUUGAUGAAAGUCCUGCUUAUACAUGGCUUUUUGUCACACUUAAACCGGAAGUGCCCGGAGAUGAAAGCAAUGUAGAGCAGCUUGGUGUAAAAUGAUGUCGAUGCAAAGAAGUCUGGCUUUUGCAGUUUAAGACAAUAAAUGAAACUUAUAAAUUAUACGUUAAAAUUUUCAUUAAAUAUCAAACAACACUGUUUUCAAAAGAAGACGAUUGUUUAAGUAAAACGAAAGUUUUCUCAUUAAAUAUCGAAUGUAUUUCAAACGCAUACUUUAUAAAGUCAGCCACUAGUAAAAUAAAGCUCAGUCAAGUU